AAUAAGGAUUCCGUGUUUUGUUGCUGCGCUGUUGAAUUUGUUAAUCUUUUACGUUUUAGUGAAAUGCGUUAAGCGAUUCCGUUAGUUACUGUGUCGAUCGCGCUUUGAAUUCCUUUCUUUACAAUCCGUGUUCGUGGCGAUGGCGAUGGAGGCCUAUCUGAAGCAGUACCACGAUGAAGAGAUUACCGAUCUGCUCAACAAUCCCGACGAUCUGCUGCAUGUUUCGAUACAUGUCAACCUUAGCCACCUGCAGCGGAAACAACCCGUCCUGUACGAACGCAUCCUGCAGAACACCGACGCCGAGGUGCUACGAUGGAACGAGUGUUUGCUACGCGCCCAGAAAGCCCUCAUCGAGGGCAAUCUGUUCCUGGAGCCGGGCUUCCAGAUCAAGCAAAAUUGUCACACACGGUUCGUGAACAUGCCGAUUUCACCGACCGAAGUGUUGCAGCGUAAGCAAGCCUACCCGAGCAACGAUCACGUCGGGCAGUUUCUGCAGGUGAAGGGGAGCGUGAUCCGCAUGACUUCGUCCCGGUUCCUGGAGUUCAAGCGCGAGUACACAUGUACGCGUUGCAAAUGUAAGGUACUGCUGGAGGCCGACUACGGUCGAUCGUACGUGUUCGAUCCUCCGGGAGCGUGCCCGGCAGCGAAGGAAUCUGGCUGCCGAGGGCACCUACAGGCCGUAUCGGCUCAACCGCAGCCAGAGUACUGCCGGGAUUAUCAGGAGAUCCGUAUACAGGAGAUCAUGAGCGAACGGAACGUGCCGGCAUCGUUGGUGGUGACGCUGGAGGAUGACCUGGUCGAUACCUGCCAGCCGGGCGAUUGUGUCACCGUUUGCGGUCGUAUAGAGCACCGAUGGAAACCACCGGUACUGGGAAAACGUACGGAAGUAAGCAUCGCUAUGCGUGCCAACAGUUUGGCACGUGAGGAAAGUAAGGCGAGCUGGGCAAAGGAUUUGCCCGAGCACUUGCUCUGUGUGCAGGCCGAGUGGCAGGAGGUGUUGAGGGAUAUAGGCGAGCUGGCGGCCAGAGAUAUGCUUGUGCAAUCGAUCGCACCCAACAUACGUGGCAUGUAUCCGGUAAAGCUUGCGGUUGCCCUUGCGCUCGCUUCCUGCACGGAACGGCCGGUUGACGCGGACCAGCAAACGGGAACAACCAGCAUACGUGGCCAUUCCCAUCUACUACUGGUUGGUGAUCCCGGUUUGGCAAAGUCGCAGCUUCUCAAGUUUGCCUCGGAGAUUGCUAGCCGAGCAGUUUACACGACCGGAAUGGGAUGCUCAUCAGCCGGACUGACGGCAGCCGCGGUAAAAGAUGAGGGCGAAUGGCAACUAGAGGCCGGUGCGCUGGUACUGGCCGAUGGUGGGAUAUGCUGCAUUGACGAGUUCAAUUUAAUGCGCGAACCCGACAAGGCCUCAAUACAUGAAGCAAUGGAGCAGCAGACUAUCAGCGUGGCCAAGGCCGGCAUGGUGUGCAAACUCAGCACACGGUGCGUGGUGCUGGCAGCCACCAACCCUAAGAACCUGUACACCAUGUCCGACGGCGAAGGUACAUCGGCAGCCAACAUCGGUAUCGGUGGUCCACUGCUAUCACGCUUCGACAUUGUGUUGAUCCUGCGCGAUAUUCGUGCCCCAGACUGGGAUGCCGAUAUCGCAAGCCACUUGCUCAGUAUGGCGCUGCUUGACGAAGAACGGGAACAAUUCGGUGUAGGUUGGUACGAUCGCAUCGAUCAGCUAGCCCAUUGGGAUCUGGAGAAGCUGCAGCUUCAUUUUGCCGCUAUCAAGGACAUUCAUCCACGCGUUUCACCGGAAGCAAACAUGAUUCUCGGUGCGUACUACAGAGCGUGUCGCUCCGAUCCGUUCCGUGAUCCGACACGGACCACCGUUCGAUUGCUGGACAGUCUCUUCCGGCUGGCGCAGGCGCACGCCCGGUUGCUGUUCCGCACAGAGGUUACACCGAUCGAUGCAAUCACCGUUAUCGAGCUAAUGGAGGCAAGUUGGGGCUUUGGGAAGAUUGGCAUCACACCAUAUGAUCCCAUUAAAGCGAAGCUUCCCCUUGGUCCGGAGCAGAGUCUCAUUGAUCGGCUGCUAAGUCUACUGCAGCUGGGCGAACAAGCUGUCCUGGACAGUGCAACGGUUCGACCGAUCGAUCCGAACGUGCUGCGCCGUUAUCAGAGGGACAUGAUUGCUAAGCAGAAGGCUAAGCAGGCAGCGAAGGAAAAGGAAGAGGAACAGCAGCACCGUGGAUUGUUUGCAGCACAGAGCGCGUUAUCACAGCAGCAGCAGCAGCCGUUGAGUGGUUUUACGCCACCUUCAAUAUCAUCCACUCAGAUCACUGCUGGCAUCCCGACAGCCACAGCAACCGAACCGAACCAGCAAACGAAUGCAAGAGACUACUCUAAAUAUGCAAUUCAACCCCGAACCAACUUGAAGAAGCUGAAGAAAGCACCAACCGGCGAUGAAGCAGAGCCAGCAGUGGUCGGGCCAGGGUCAAGAAAGCGAAAGCACCAGUUGGUUGAGGAAGAUCCAUCAUUGAAAACUCCACUGGAUGAUCAAGAACUGGGCGGUUUGCUCGACACUUUGCGAAAGAACUUUGCCACUGAGGAGUUGGAUGUUUCACCGCCCGAUGCGCGCACACAGAUUGACGGAUUCACCGGCCUGAGCAACCAGACCAGCCAGACUAGCCAAAACAAGAACAAAUCGUUCAGUGCACUCCUGGACUCGAGUAAAGUGUUCGGAGAUGAUGAUGAGAAUGAUUUUUUUACGGAUGAGUUAAUCAAAGUAUCCUCUUCUUCGGUUGCCAGCAAAACGCCCAAUGAACCUAUAAAAGACGAACAAAAAACCGUACCAAAUGGGCAUCCAAAAGGCGAUGAACGAUUACCGUCACUGGAUGAUACUGUUUUGACCAACAUCGGAACAGAGGCACAUAGCCAAUCAGCAUAUCAAAUCAAACGUCCAAGCCAAAGACAACUCAAUACUACACAGAUGGUAGCUUCUUUGGUAACUUCUAAACCGAACACUGCGAUCAACGAAGAGGAAGAUGAUCUUUUGAAUUUUGAAAUUGAACCAUCUGGCAGCUGUCCGCUAUUGAAUGAGGAAGAGGACGAGCCGGCAACUGGGCCCGGCAUCCGCACACAAACCCGUCAACGGUUGCAGGAGUUUGAAUUCCAUGUGAAACUGAAGUCGGACCCGCCGAAAGACGAUAGCGCGUACGAUUCCAUGCGCGAUCAUACGAGAGGUGGCCGGCAUGAUCAGAAACAAGGUGGCCAACAAUCACAGUACAGUGGACUUCUUUCCGAUCUGGCUAACAACGGCGAGGACGGUGAUAUCGAACUUAAUCUGUCUGAUAUUGAGCUGUAACGUGUAUGGUGAGAUUAAUAAGUUCAGCCUGUGAUAUCUCUCUUAACAUGUUCAACGCUGUUGACUAAAAGGAAUAUUAAGCCGGA